AUGUCAAACUCUAUAUCAGGUACUGGUAAGCGAAGAGUGAAGAGAACCUAUGAAGUUACCAGGAAAGAUGAUGGCGUAAUAAGUGCCGAGUCAGCCUCUCCGAUGAGUAGGGAAGAGGAAGAGGAAGAGGAAGAAGCUAGAAAGGAGGACCCUAUAUUUUUGCGACCAAAAAAAUCACGUUAUGACCCAAAUAAAACUUUUUCCUCUACCAGACAAGGAUCGGAGGAUCAUGCGGUAUCAAAGGAAGAACUAUUAGAAUCAGAGAGGAAAGCUUCCAAUAAUGGCAAGCAAGCUCUGUUAAAGAGCGAGGUUUCUGCGAUGGGGAAUCUGGUACAUGUAACCCAAAAUCAAGCUGAGAAUGCUUCUAAUUCAGAUUCAAAUGGGGGAGAAGAUCGAAGUCGCAAAGCGGAAGUUGUGCAUAAGCAAACUAACGCUAAAAAGAGUGAAAAUGGAAAUAGACAACGAAUGUGGGAAGAACAGCAGCUACAAAACGCGAUGGCUGCAAAAAAUGACAAUCCUGAUGACAUCACCGUAGAGGGGUCUGACAAGUACGACUAUGUAUUCGAUACAGAUGCAAUGAUUGAUUACACCAACGAUGACGAUGAUUUGCUGCCUGAAGAAAAACUUCAAUACGAAACUCGUUUAGCAGAAGCAUUAGAGACUGAGGAAAAACGUAUACUAACUAUACAAGAAACAAGAAAAUUAUUGCCUGUAUACCAAUAUAAAGAUGAACUACUUAAGGAGAUCGAGAAACAUCAAGUGUUGAUUAUAAUGGGUGAAACUGGGUCAGGUAAGACUACGCAAUUGCCUCAAUAUUUAGUAGAUGAUGGUUACACCAAACAGGGGGAGUUCCAAAUUGCCAUAACGCAACCUCGUCGUGUGGCUGCCACUUCUGUUGCAGCGAGAGUGGCCGACGAAAUGAAUGUUGUACUUGGUAAGGAAGUGGGCUACCAAAUUCGUUUUGAAGAUAAGACUACUCCCAAUAAGACAAUUCUGAAAUAUAUGACAGACGGUAUGUUACUGAGGGAAUUUCUUGCAGAUUCCAAGCUAUCCAAGUACUCUUGCAUUAUGAUUGACGAAGCUCAUGAACGUACCUUAGCUACAGAUAUCUUGAUAGGUUUGCUGAAAGAUAUUUUACCCAAAAGGCCUAACUUAAAACUAUUAAUUUCAUCAGCCACAAUGAAUGCGAAAAAGUUCUCGGAAUUUUUUGAUGAUUGUCCCAUCUUUAACGUUCCUGGGAGAAGAUACCCUGUCGAUAUUCAUUACACAUUACAACCGGAAGCAAACUACAUACACGCUGCCAUAACAACAAUUUUCCAAAUUCACACCACACAAGCUUUACCAGGGGAUAUACUGGUGUUCUUAACAGGGCAAGAAGAAAUCGAAAGAACAAAGAGUAAAUUAGAGGAAAUUAUGUUUAGAUUAGGUUCUCGAACAAGGGAAAUGCUUAUAACACCUAUCUAUGCAAAUUUACCUCAAGAACAACAAUCGAAAAUUUUUCAACCGACUCCAGAGAACUGUAGGAAAGUCGUCUUGGCAACUAAUAUUGCAGAAACAUCCUUGACCAUUGACGGUAUCAAAUACGUUAUUGAUCCCGGAUUUGUUAAGGAAAAUUCAUAUGUACCUUCUACAGGUAUGACACAACUUUUGACGGUACCAUGCUCAAGAGCUUCAGUAGAUCAGCGUGCCGGUAGAGCUGGCCGUGUGGGGCCAGGAAAGUGUUUUAGAAUUUUUACAAAAUGGUCAUAUUCACACGAGUUAGAACUCAUGCCCAAGCCUGAGAUUACGAGAACAAAUCUCUCUAACACUGUAUUGCUAUUAUUAUCUCUGGGUGUUACCGAUUUGAUAAAAUUUCCUUUAAUGGAUAAACCAGGUAUUCCCACAUUACGAAAAUCCUUGGAGAAUUUGUACAUUUUAGGUGCGUUGAAUAGUAAAGGGGCGAUUACCAACCUGGGCAGAAUGAUGUGUGAAUUCCCCUGUGAACCUGAGUUUGCAAAAGUUCUUCAUACAGCUGCUUCGCACGAGCAAUGCCAAGGUGUGUUAGAAGAGUGUUUGACCAUAAUUUCGAUGUUACACGAAACAUCGUCACUAUUUAUUGGUCAGAAGAAGGAAGCUGCAGCAAGCGUAACAAGUGAAGUGGAAAGUGACCAUAUGUUGUAUUUAGAAAUUUUCAAUCAGUGGAGAAAUUCCAAAUUUUCCAGGAGUUGGUGCCAGGAUCACAAAAUUCAAUUUAAAACGAUGUCGAGGAUAAGAAACAUUAGAAACCAACUAUUCAGGUGUAGUGAGAAACUGGGGUUGGUGGAAAAGAAUGAUCGGGCUAGAGUGAAGGUAAGUAAUUCAACGGUUUACUUGAAUGGCAGGAUAACGCGUUGCUUCAUAAGUGGAUUCCCAAUGAAUGUUGUACAGUUGGGGCCCACCGGAUACCACACGAUGGGUAAAUCGUCAGGUGGACUAAACGUUAAUAUUCAUCCCUCCAGUAUCCUUUUCGCUAAUUACAAAGAAAAGGCGCAGAGACCAAGCAAAUAUGUGCUUUAUCAACAAUUGACGCUGACAUCGAAGGAGUUUAUCAGAGACUGUCUGGUUAUUCCUAAGGAGGAAUGGUUGGCGGAGAUGGUUCCGCAAGUUUUUAAAGGCUUGCUUGGGGAGAAAACAAAUAGAGGAAGAGAAUGA